AUGUCGUCCAUUUCCGCGGCGGGAAGUGGGUUGCAGCAUCCUUCCCAACGAUCACCACGAUCACCGAUAGUGGUUGCUGCCGUUGCUGCUGCUUCCGCGAUCGGAUCGACCACGAUCGGUGGCAGUGCCAAUGUGGUCGGCUGGUCCAACAAACGGAACCCGAUUCACCAUCUCACCACCAGCCAGGACGUUAUCAAUCAGGGCAAAUGUCUUUGCGGUGAGUACAUACGCGGCCGGUUAAAACGAUCCGGACUGCUCAACCGGAAGAUCCUGCAGCGAUUGCGUAACUCGAUGGAGCACUGUGCAGCGGUCGGGGGCGGUGUGGUGGUACGGGAAGCACUCCCCAUACUGAACGGGAUGGGUGAAGAGCUCGAACGGAUGCAUCCGCGCCUAUACACAAACGUUAGCCGACAGAUCUCGAACGAACCGUGGGGCGAGCUGACGGAACCGGACACGGUCGGCUAUCUGCUGCACGUGGUUGCGAAGGAUCUGUUCAAGAGUGGCAUCACGUGGGGCAAGGUAAUCUCGCUGUUUGCCAUUGCGGGUGGGCUAGCCGUGGACUGCGUUCGGCAGGAUCAUGCCGACUAUCUGCAGCAGCUGAUCGAGGGCACGGCGGACGUGAUCGAAGAGGAUCUGAGCGGUUGGUUGGUGGAGCGUGGCGGAUGGCUUGGACUGCAGGAUCACGUGCACCCACCGCAGCCGGAAAUAACCGUCACCGGGUGGCUUAGCAUAACCGCGCUGACGCUCGUCGUGAUUUACGUCGUGUCACUGUUCCUACGGGUGAUCGGUAGCAGCUACAUCGAACCGAACCGAUCACCCACCAACUAAACUAAAACUCUAG